AUGUGCAGUCGGCUGGAGCGGUCAAAUCUAACUUCUUCCACAACUGAGAAACCUUCUGACAAAGCAUCGAAUAACAUGGGCUUCACCAAGUUAUCCGAAGAGACGGGUGAUCCAUUUUGCAACUUGCUUGAAUAUGCUGCCAACAACGAUGUUGAAGCUUUCAAGAGAUCCAUUGAGCUUGACCUGUCCUGUGUCGAUGAGCCUGGACCUUGGUAUGUCCGCAAGAUGGGUUCAAAGCAUAUCACCUCGGAAGAACGAACUCCGCUGAUGGUAGCUGCAACCUAUGGAAGCCUUGACGUGCUGAAGCUGAUAGUUGCUCUUCCUGAAGUUGAUCUUAACAGGUUGUGUGGCCGUGACAAGUGGACUGCUCUCCACUGUGCUGCUUUUGGGUGUUCUGCCAAUGCCUAUGAUGUAAUUAAGCUUCUGUUAUCUGCUGGUGCCGACCCCAAUGUUAUGGACUUGAGUGGCCGACGCCCGGCAGAUGUAAUCGUAGCCCCUCUGAAGCUUCCUGGUGGGAAAGCCGCCAUUGAGGACUUGCUCGUGAACAAUAGUUUUGAUGGGUCGGUUGGGGAUUGCAAUCUACGGGUCUCCAUAUCUAGCUCAAACGUGUCUUCACCAGUGCUAUCGUCAUCCUCUGAAAGCCGUUCCCCAUUUUCUCCAUCCUACUCCUUGUCAUCCCCCACAGCACCAAAGGUUCCAGCCAUGAACUCUAUCAUGGAAAAGAAACAGUAUCCAGUUGACCCGUCUCUUCCUGACAUCCGGAACAGCAUAUACUCGACCGAUGAGUUCCGAAUGUUCUCAUUCAAAGUCCGGCCUUGCUCGAGAGCCUACUCCCACGACUGGACCGAGUGCCCCUUUGUCCACCCAGGCGAGAAUGCUCGCCGGCGUGACCCACGGAAAUUUCACUACAGCUGUGUCCCGUGCCCUGAAUUCCGGAAGGGCGCCUGCAGGCGCGGGGAUAUGUGCGAGUACGCCCAUGGUGUAUUUGAGUGCUGGCUCCACCCGGCCCAGUACCGUACUCGCCUCUGCAAGGAUGGCACUAGCUGUGCCCGACAGGUGUGCUUUUUUGCGCACACGCAUGAGGAACUCCGUCCUUUGUACGUAUCUACAGGUUCCGGUGUGCCAUCACCGAGAUCUUCUGCCUCGACCCCAAGUUUCAUGGAUAUGGCCUCGGCCCUGAGCAUAUUUCCUGGUUCACCGACUUCACAGUCUGUGAUGUCUCCCUCUGUUGUUUUUAACCAGGCGGCCAUGUCUCCUAAUGGUAUGUCUCAUCCUUCCCCGGCUUGGCCUCUGCCGAAUGUUCCCACUCUUCAUCUACCCGGCAGCAAUCUCCAGUCGAGCAGGCUGAGGUGUUCUCUCAGCGCUCGGGACAUACCGCCCGAGGAUCUGAACCUGUUGCAUGAUUACGAGACCCAGCAGCUGGUCUUGAAUGACCUGGUGCGUUUUCAGAAUUCCACCAUGUUGGGUGGUGGUGGGUCGGUGAACCGUCCCAAGGCUGCACUUGCUCCAUCCAAUCUUGAAGAGCUUUUUUCGGCUGAGAUGGGUUCAUCCCCUAGAUUUUCCGAUGCAGCUUUUGGUGCUUUCUCUCCCUCCCACAAGUCGGCCAUUCUCAACCAGUUUCAGCAGCAGCAGCAGCAACAGAACAUCAACACUAAUUUAGUCUUUUCUCCUAGAAAUUUGGAGAACCCUUUGUUGCAAGGCCCUUUUUCGUCCCCCAGAAGCAUGGAGCAGAGUUCCCUUCUCUCAGCCAUUGCCCAGCGGGAGCGCCGUAGUUUCAGCUCUCGGGAGCUUGGGUCCCACCACCACGGCCCUGUUUCUGCUGCUUGGCUAUCUCCCAAUAAUAAUGGGAAAGCUGACUGGUCAUCUUUUGAGCUUAAGAAGAAUGAUGAUGGGGUGGAAGGAGGAGGAGGAGAACCAGACCUUUCUUGGGUGCAGUCCCUCGUGAAAGAAUCACCACCUGAGAUGGACAAGGACAAGCAGCCAGCAUCCGGUGAGUGUUUGAAUAAUCAUAAUACUAACUCUCAGACUGACUCCAUCGAUCACACUGUUUUGGGAGCCUGGCUUGAGCAGAUGCGUCUCGAUCAGCUCGUAGUCUAG